GGGCAGGUGAAGCAAGGGCUUCUGGGGGACUGCUGGUUCCUGUGUGCCUGCGCCGCCCUGCAGAAGAGCCGGCACCUCCUGGACCAGGGAGACUCUGCUUCUCCCGGUGCCAGAGAGAGGAUGUGUUCUGGCUUCCAUUACUGGAGAAGGUCUAUGCCAAGGUCCAUGGGUCCUACGAGCACCUAUGGGCAGGGCAGGUGGCAGAUGCCCUGGUGGACCUAACCGGUGGCCUGGCAGAAAGGUGGAACCUGAAGAACUUGGCAAGCAGCAGAAGCCAACAGGAUGGGUCUGGCGGCUCAGAACCCAAGACUUGUUGGCAGCUGCUCAGCCUCAAGGAGCGGUGUCUGAUCAGCUGCUCAGUGUUCAGCCCCAAGGCAGGGGUGAAGGGUGGACCCAGGUGGACCCAGUGGACUCAGCGGAGCUGCUGUCCCAGCUCCAGGAAGGGGAGUUCUGGGUGGAUGAGGAGGAGUUUCUCCGUGAAUUUGACGAGGUCACCAUUGGCUACCCGGUCACGGAGGCUGGCCACCUGCAGAGCCUCUACUCAGAGAAGGUGCUCAGCCACACUCAGGAGCUGCCGGGGGCCUGGGUCCCGGGGCAGUCCGCAGGAGGCUGCCGGAACAACAGCGGCUUUCCCAGCAACCCCAAGUUCUGGCUGCGGGUCUCAGAACCGAGCGAGGUGUACAUUGCUGUCCUGCAGAGGCCCAGGAUGCGCACGGUGGACUGGGCUGGCCGGGCCCAGGCACCAGUGAGGGACAGCCGCGUGGUGUGGAGCCCGGCCAGCAUCCUGGGCAAGGACUACCCUGCCGUGGGUCUGCAUCUCUGGAAGGUGGAGAAGCGGCGGGUCAGCCUGCCCAGGAUCCUGUCCACACCCCCUGUGGCUGGCACUGUGUGCCAUGCUUAUGACCGUGAGGUCCAUCUCCGCUGUGAGCUCACCCCCGGCUACUACCUGGCCGUGCCCAGCACCUUCUUAAAGAACGUGCCAGGACAGUUUUUGCUCCGGGUCUUCUCCAGCGGGAGAGUCUCCCUCAGUGCCAUCAAGACAGUGGUCCAGAGCCCUGGCCCUGGGGAGACCCUGUUGGCGGGGGAGUGGGAGACUGUGCAGCUGCAGGGCUCCUGGAAGAUCGGCCAGACGGCCGGGGGCAGCCGGAACUUUGCCUCCUACUCCAGCAACCCCUGCUUCCCCCUCACGAUCCCUGAGGGUGCAGGCCCCCGCUGCGUCCGGAUCACUCUGCACCAGCACUGCCUAGACAGCGACUGCCACCCCAUCGGCUUCCAUGUUUUCCAGAAUGGCUGUGAGCCCAGAGGAGUCCAGAAGGGGGUGCUGCCAGUUCCAGUGGACAAUGGGGGCCAGGGCACGCCCUCCCUGCUGCUCCAGAAGCCUCUGCUGAGCUGUGUGCCACAUUGCUACACCCAGGAAGUGAGCCGCGUCUGCCACCUGUCUGCAGGGACCUACAGGAUUGUGCCCUCCACCUACCUGCCAGACACAGAGGGGGCCUUCACGGUGACCAUCGCAACCAGAAUAGACAGGCGCUCCAUUCACAGCCAGGAAAUGCUGGGGCAGCUCCUCCAAGAGGCCUCCUUCAUGGCAGUGAUGAAGACCUAACUGGAUAACCCCACUGGAGUCCUCAGAGGCCUCCCUUGGCCCACGAUGUCCUCACACAGCAUCCUUGCACGGUGCCACCAGCCUCAGUGCUGUAGCUGCCAGUCCUGCACUGAGCAGCUGCAUGUGCCUGUGGCACUAGGUGAAGGUUCCUCAUCCUGGAGAGAGGCAGCCCCAGGGUCAGGCAGGUGCUGCAGGGAGAGCAAGAAAGGCCCAACAUGAGUGUCCUGGUCCCCAAGCCAUGACAACAGCUCCGUGGAGUCCCUCCGGGCUCCAGAGAGGCCUCAGCUGACAGACAAGUGUGUCAGCACACAGCUGUUUGCAGGACUUCUGGAUGUAACUUUAUAAAUAAACAGGAAUACUGAGCAGUU